GAAACACAACACUUGUAGUCAGUCCGCGUAGUACGUAGUCUUUUCCAAUUAUUAACAUCCCCGCCCUUUAGCUAGAGCACCUAGGGAAAAGAGGUCAAAUUUCAUUGUUAAUCCUAAAAUUAAAGGGUUAUGCAAUACAUUAGCAUUAGCAACCAAAUUUGAUUCAACUAUCGAACCGAUCAUGGAAAAGAGAUCUAAUUUCAUAUUCAAUUAUCUCAAAUUUUAGGAUAUUUGAUGGCUCAUAAUUUUGGUUAUAUAAGAAUUUCGAACCAAUAGUUGAGAUUUACGAACCCUAAACUUAAAGCACUGAUAAUUAAAUUAAUACAAACCCUAGAUUGUGAAAUUGAUAUGAUGAUAACAACAAUAAACAACUUACCUUAAACUUUUGGUUAUCUAAGAAUUUAGAACCAAUAAUUGAGAUUUACGAACCCUAAACUUAAAGCACUGAUAAUUAAAUUAAUAUAAACCCUAGAUUGUGAAAUUGAUAUGAUGAUAACAACAAUAAACAACUUACCUUAGAAGCUGGUUCAAUGGGGGAUACAAGAAUUGGAUUCAAGUAUUCAACGGAGAACGUCAACUGCUCUACAAGACUACAAUGGAGAACGUUGAGUGCGCUUAAUUGAAAUAACUGAGAGAGUAAGGUCGAGACCAAGGUGUUAUUGCGUAUGGCAGCCUUGAUGUGGGCUUCAUGGCGCUGUCGUAAUCUAUGGAUUUUUGAUGGCGAAGAACCUGAUGUGGUGAUGCUAGCAGCGGGGUAUUGUAAAUUAGUGCAAGAUUAUGAGGAAUAUGCCUCAAAGGUUUUUAAACCCUCGGUGCAGCAGGUACAGGGCAGCAGCGUCGUGUGGAAAUGCCCACCUAUGGGAUGUAUCAAGGCAAAUGUUGAUGCCUAUGUUCCAAGUGCAGGGUCGGCAGGUCUGGGGGUUGUCUUUAGAGAUGACAAGGGCUGCCUUAUCAUGACAGCUACAAAGAAGGUGGAGCUCUCGAACCCCGAGUGUGUGGAGGCACAAGCUGUGAGAUAUGCGUUGAGGUUAACACUUCGGUUUGGUUACAUUAACUUGUGGGUGGAGUCGGAUGCUAUAAAUGUAAUCAACACUAUCUCCUCUCAUGAUGGUGGGCUUUCUCCUAUUCAUUUAGUCUAUGAUGAUAUUAGAGUCGAUAGAGCAAGAUUUAAUGUUUGUUUAUUUUCUCAUGCUAAGAGGAAUUGUAAUACCGUAGCUCAUCUUAUAGCUAGGGAUGAUACAGGUGGAAAUGCGGAGUAUAUUCGCUUUACCAAUUUUCCACAGAGAAGUAUCAAAGCCUGUAUAAAAGCUGCUUUGAGUUGUAAAGAAGCAAAAUUUGAGCAGUAUGAGGCUAUGAGCUUUUUAAGGGAGGUCAAGUUUCAGAUGAAUUGA